GUGGGAGCUCCUCGAGGGCAGAGACUUGGGUUGUGCUGGCGCACAUCUCCUGCACCUGGCCCAGUGUUGCCCGGGUGCAUUUUAGUACACAGGUCCCUCGAUCGUGUUCACGACACAGAUGGUUCCUGAUGGUGACCAGGUUACUUGGCCGCUUAGGUUGCGCGAUGUGACGGGGUGAUCAGCAGUGUGAUGGCGCACUUCCCAGAAGAGCAGCAGUGGCCGUGCCUUUGUUCUGCGGGCAGAUUUGAAGUAUCGGAGAAAGGAGCCACUUAGGGCAUCUCCAGGAAAUUGCCUCCGAUAAUGAGAGCCUGAGGUUGGCACUUAGCACCUUGGCUGCACAGCUUCAGCUACCCACAGCCAGUCUCUCGUGAAUCUUGGUGUCCUGACGGCCCGUGGCACAGUCUUCUAAGACUCCCCACAGUCUCACCUUGGGAGACGGCCACAGACCCCUUCGAUUAGGCACUCACAUGUUUCCAGACAGUUCUGUUCACCUUGGAUCCUGUUUUUCCUUCCCUUCCCUUUUCUCUGACCGUGGCCCAGCACUCUUGGCUGAUGUUUUUUUUUUUUUUUUUUAAAUCAUAACUUGGUGCAUUCUAACUAGAAAAGUUUAACAAUCUAUUGGAUACAUUUUUUGGACUACUUUAGGAAAUUUUGAUGUAAAAAUGUUGCUUUAAGGCCACUCUGUGUACAGGUAACUCUUAAUGUUGCUUCAUUUACCUGAAGUGCAGCCAAGUCAGUUUUCUCCCAUCUGAGUACUAACCAGGCCCGACCCUGCUUAGCUUCGGGAUCAGAUGAGAUCGAGCACGUUCAGGGUGGUAUGGCUGUAGACCCAAAUCAGUUUUCUUCGUGACAGUUUGGACAGUCACAAAGUAUUUUUUGAACUAAUGGUGAGUAUCUAUGAGGCAUUAGUAGCUCUUUGUUAGGUGAUCUGUGAAAUGAUAGAAGCUUUGCAAGGAAGGGUUAGUAACCCCACUUUGCUAAUGGGACGUUAAAAACUUUCUUAGACUUACAGGACAGGCAGUGGCCGUCCUUCCGAUGCCUUGCUACCCCAGGCCACAGCUCUUCUCCUCUAACCCAGCUCUGUGUUUUGAAGGGUUGCGGGGGUACUUCAGGACGUGGAUUGCAGUUGUUUUGGAAUGUCCCAAACCUUUGAAUGAACAAUUCUGUUCAUGGAUUUUGAACUCUUCUUUGUGCUGUUAGGAAAAAAUGUUGACUUUGGAGGUCUUAAAGGGGGCCGUGUGUCCUUUGCAUACUUCGAAGGAAAGAGUAGCCAGCUGCUGAUAGGAAUUCGACUUGUAAAUUGCUGCAUUCAUUUUUAAUACUUGGAUGAUCACUUAUUUGUCUAAAGUUGAUUACAGAUUGGAGUUCAACUUCAAUCUGGAGUGGAAAUUCACUUCCAGAUUGGCCUGCAGAGAACAGCUGAAAACUUUACUCUGCAAGUCAGAACUCUGUAGAGAGAAGAUAAACUUGUCAUGUAUUGAGAGACCCCAGCUUUCUGAGGCGUCACGCAUAGGGUUGAAUGUUUAUGGAUUAACAUACGCCACAGAGACCAGGCCGGCCCCGCAAUCUCACAGGAACGGUAUCACCAUGUUACGUUUAUAUGGCAUUUGGCUUCAUGUCCCGAGUUGCUCUACAAGCCGAGAAGAUGAAUCAUCACCCGGAAUGGUUCAAUGCAUACAACAAGGUCCAGAUAACUCUCACCUCGCACGACUGCGGUCAGCUGACCAAGAGAGACGUGAAACUGGCCAAGUUUAUUGAAAAAGCAGCUACUUCUAUGUGAUAUCUUUCAAAAUGCAUGUAAAAAUCUUAUAUACCUCUCAGGUGCAUUAUAUUUUGGAGGUGAUUAAUGAACAAAUUAAGCUGUAAAUUUAAGUUCAACUUUAUAGACCAUGUUUUGUCAAAUCAAUGCUAAAUACAAAAGGAUUUACAUUUGA